GCCUGAGCAUGCAAUGAUGUCAUCAGCAUUCAGCUGUGAGCAAUCUUGAGGCACUUCUGAAUCCAACAGAGAAGGAGAAUUUUCUCUCUCAUUCCCCCUCAACACCAAAUGAACCAGUUGGGAAGUCGCUGCUUCAGUGUGACUGAGGAGGCCCCAUUGCCUGAGAUCCAAGCGCCGCUUAUCCUUUCCCUGAUAACACCUGAAGAUGGGACCUUUUUUCUUUCUGCUCUACGGAACAAAAAGCCAACAGAGCCUGUGACAACUCAGCCGACUCGUGGGGUUGGCCUGUCCACCGUCGCAACAGUCAUACAGACCGGAGGAGAUUGGACCACUGGCCUCUUUGGUAUCUGCAGUGACAAGAGUGUUUACUUGAGUCCCCCUUCCAACCAACCGGAUAAUGGUGUCUGUGGGGCCUUGUGUAGUUCGUGUCUAGAAUGCAGCCUUGCAAGGCACUAUGGGGAGUGCCUCUGUUUCCCACUGCUGCCAGGUUCCACCUUAGCGAUGAGAGUCGGCGCCAGAGAGAAAUACAAGAUACGAGGAACCCUGUGUGAAGACUGGAUGGCAGUUCAUUGUUGCUGGCCUUUUGCUGUUUGCCAAGUGGCCCGAGAGCUGAAGAGGAGGGCUACGACCCAGAUCUAUGAAAUAAACACUGCUCCUACAGCUAAAGAUACCCUAGUUUAAAAAUUCCUAUACAGAAAGCUUGACUCAUGAUACUUCCCCUCCUGCCACUGUA